GACCUUUCAUGUUCUACUAUUUCCUCGGGAGUCACGUGGUUCUACGUACACGCUCCCGCGUUUGAACCUUCCCUCCCUUCUGUCGUCCUCCUCCAGCAAGACGCGUUGCCAUCACAAACCUCAGAAAAAUGGCGUCGGCAUUUCUUUUUAUUGCUCGACCCCGGCGUUCAUUUAUUUCUGAUCCGCGAUCGGAAUUCCUUGAUUUCAGCCACUUAUUAUCAUUCCCAAAGCGCUCUCUGUUAAGGUAACUAUAAACUCUAGUUGUUUUAAUGUUCUAUUGCCCACAAGAUGAUGGAUCUCCCUUGUGCUUUUGAUUCUGUGGUAUAUUUUGAAUUCCAAUGUUCAAUUUUCUUAUCUUUGUUUGCUUCUUUGUUAAAUCCACCGUAUUUUUAAAUCUAAAUUCUGAUGCUAGGGCAAGAUGAGAAAUCAAUGGUUGCUGGAUUUGCAAAAUCACCGAGGAUAAAAUUUAUUUUCCCCAAAUCAGUAAAGAGAUAGAAAUGCAGAUACAUUGGUUAUACUGAUGAUAAAUGUUAUUAUUUCUUACCAUUAGAAGCUCAAAUAGUUCUCCUGAUUGCAGGCCUGAACCACAUAUCUGCAUUGCUCCAGUUGAUCUUGGCCAAACUGCUUAGCUUAAUAGAAAGGGGUGAAUUGUAUGUCGUUAUACUUAGUAUCAAUGUGUGUGAUUAUUUUGAAUGUAGAGACCAAAGGAAUGCGGAAACUUGUGCACCUCGAAACAACUUAGGGGGAGUUUGAUUUUCUGAAUGUGAGGUAGCAGAGGUUCACGGCAACAGGUUUGGGCCUAGCAUAAGGUUUUGUGCUGUGAUGGCCCAUGGAGGGAUGAGUUGUCUUAUGGAGAGAUAUGAAUUAGGAAGGCUACUUGGCCAAGGUGCGUUUGCUAAGGUAUACUAUGCCAGGAGCAUCAUAACCGGACAAAGUGUUGCCAUUAAAGUCAUUGACAAGGAAAAGGUUUUGAAGGUUGGAUUGACAGAUCAAAUCAAACGGGAGAUAUCCGUUAUGAGGCUUGUGAGGCAUCCUAACAUCAUUUUACUCUAUGAAGUCAUGGCCACCAAAACCAAGAUUUAUUUCGUGAUUGAAUUAGCCAAAGGUGGUGAGCUUUUCAACAAGCUGGCUAAAGGAAGGUUAAAAGAAGAUGUUGCACGGAAAUAUUUUCAUCAGUUGUUAAACGCGGUUGACUUUUGUCAUAGUCAAGGGGUCUAUCAUCGUGACUUGAAACCCGAAAAUUUACUCUUAGACGAAGAUGGAAACAUGAAAGUCUCUGAUUUUGGUUUGAGUGCUCUUGCUGAAUCGAAGCGCCAAGACGGGCUUCUUCAUACCACAUGUGGGACACCUGCCUAUGUGGCGCCUGAGGUCAUCAACAUGAAAGGGUAUGAUGGCGCAAAAUCAGAUAUAUGGUCAUGUGGGGUCAUCUUAUACGUGAUGUUAACCGGGUAUCUUCCAUUUCAUGAAUCAAAUUUGAUGAAAAUGUACCGAAAGAUUGGAAAAGCCGAUUUCCGAUGCCCGAAUUGGUUCCAACCAGAGCUUCGGAGGCUACUUUUGAGAAUGUUGGAUCCUAACCCCUCUACUAGAAUUUCUAUUGCUAGAAUUCGAGAGCAUCAAUGGGUUAAAAGGGGAAUGAAAUCUCAAUUUGAUCAUGCUAGAUAUGAAAAACAAAAAUCACUGAGAGUAUUGAGUUUCAAUGCAUUUGAUUUAAUCUCUCUUUAUUCUGGCUUUGACUUGUCAAGGUUAUUUCAAGAAACUUGUUUGGAGAAAGUGUACUAUAUCACUUCCUCAAAACCUCCAUCCACCAUCAUAAACAAACUGGAAGACAUUGCAAAAAGUCUGAAGCUGAAUUUGACCAAAAGAGAUGCAGGAGUUUUGAGGUUUGAAGGAGCCAAGGAAGGAAGAAAGGGGACAUUGUCCAUUGAUGCAGAAAUCUUUGAGCUCACUCCUGCUAUUCAUUUGGUGGAGUUAAAGAAAUCCAACGGGGAUUUGCUAGAAUAUGAUCAGAUAAUAAAUGAUGGCAUAAAACCUGUACUAGAAGACAUUGUAUGGGCCCCACAGCAACUGAAACUGGCCACAAUGGAAUAAAACCUUGAUUCUAAUACAAUUACGGAAAUUCAAUUAAGUGCACACACCUUGUAUAUUGUUAUGGGCCACCGUCACUAAUGUGUUUUUUAUUUACCAUAAUUUUUCUUGAGCUAUCCUAGGUAAGUAGGUGUCAUCUUUAACAAACGCUGAUUGUUUGUACUUUGUACAGGUUAUAUAUUUUUGUAGAAUUAUAGACUCUCAUGUCCAUUUAUCUAAUAACCCUCUUUAAUGUGCAAUGGAAGGAAUUUCAUUUCUCCAAUAAUUCGAGUGCAUUAACACACAUACUCUCAAUUCUUU